AUGAUCAAGCCUAGGUCAUGGAAAAAUACAUUGAAUCUCCCGAAGACGACCUUCCCUCCUCGAUUACCAAUAGGUACUGCCGAAAGAGCGACAAUCCUCCGAAAAUGCACCGAGGAUCUCUACGCCUGGCAACAAGAAAAUCGGAAGGGGCAUGCCUUUACCCUCCAUGAUGGACCACCUUACGCGAAUGGAGACUUACAUAUCGGGCAUGCAUUGAACAAGAUAUUGAAAGAUAUCACAAGUCGGUUUCAUUUGUCACAAGGGCGCCGUGUGAAUUACACUCCUGGUUGGGACUGUCAUGGACUACCAAUCGAGCUCAAAGCGCUUGGUGGUCAAUUGAUAAAGACUGAACACGAAGAAAGACAGAAUGUAUCUCUGCGUAGGAAGGAAAGACCUACGGCAUCAAUCGUCCAAAACGUUGCCCAAGCGCUGGGACUUCGGAAAUACCGUAGCCACGAGACUGAGGCCGAAAGAGAAGAAAAUGCGGCUAGAGCAACUGCGACAGCAUUGGCUGUUCGUAAAGCUGCUAGAAAUCUGGCUUCAAGCACAGUCGAGAGGCAGAUGAAGCAAUUCAAACAAUGGGGCAUAAUGGGAGACUGGAGCAACACAUGGAAAACCAUGAACAAGGAUUAUGAGCUCAAGCAAUUAAGAGUAUUUGGGAAGAUGGUAAGCAAGGGAUUGAUCUAUCGACAGUUCAAACCCGUCUAUUGGUCUCCGUCCUCGAAAACAGCUUUGGCUGAAGCAGAACUCGAGUACAAAGAUGAUCACGUUUCAACAGCCGUUUUUAUAAAGUAUCCUCUUUGGUCUCUGCCCAGUGACCUGAAGUUGAAGCUAGGCGAGCAUCAUUCGGGAAUGUCUUGCGUCAUUUGGACAACCAUGCCAUGGACUUUACCAGCCAACAAAGCGAUCGGUUUCAAUCCAGCUGUCCAAUAUGCUAUUGUAGAAUCUCAGAAGCAUGGCCGGCUGUUGAUAGCGUGCAAUCGGGUCGAAGAGGUCGGCAAGCAAUGUGGAGAGAUCCUUAGACCAUUCACUGUGGUUGAUGGAUCGGCAUUGACGGGGGUAACCUAUCUAGACCAGCUUUGGACACGAGGUAGACUUGUCACCAAGAAUUUGAUCCCGGCGGAUCAUGUCACUGCCGACUCGGGUUCUGGACUUGCGCAUCUCGCUCCUGGCCAUGGAUCCGACGACUACAGCGUCUGCUUGAAGCACGGGAUCACGCCGUUUGCGCCAGUCGAUAAGGAUGGAAUGUUCACUCAAGAGGCUUGUCCCGACUAUCCGACUUUGCUUGCGGGUAAGCAUGUAAUGAGUGAGGGAAAUGUUAUAGCUCUCAAUCAUAUAAGGAAGACGCACGUCAUUCUCGCUCAGCACGAGUACAUGCACAAAUACCCGUAUGAUUGGCGCUCGAAGGAACCCGUGAUAUUUCGAGCUACGGAGCAGUGGUUUGCAAAUGUAGGCGAGAUAAGGGAGAGAGCUUUGAAGUGUCUGGAAGAUGUCAAGUUCAUCCCCCAAAAUGGCAGGUCAAGGCUUGAAAGCUUCGUACAAAAUCGUAGUGAGUGGUGCAUAUCCAGACAGCGGGCCUGGGGUGUGCCCAUACCUGCCCUCUUUCACAAAGACUCCUCUGAGGUCUUGUUGACUGCCCAGACUGUCGACCACAUCAUCUCAGUCAUCAAAGAACGAGGGAUUGAUUCUUGGUGGAGUGACGAUGUUUCCGACCCGGCAUGGACCCCAUCUGAGAUGAGAAAUGCAGAUGACAGCAGCCAGUAUCGGCGAGGCACAGACACAAUGGAUGUUUGGUUUGACAGCGGGACGAGCUGGACACAGACAGCUAGUGGCAUAAAGCCGACAGAUCAUGCAGCUGACGUAUACCUUGAGGGAAGCGAUCAACACCGUGGAUGGUUUCAGUCCAGUCUGUUGACUUAUAUUGCGGACCAAUCUGCAAAUGACACGGCAACAGACUUGCAGCAAUAUCAAGCCCCAUUCCGAGCUCUUGUGACUCAUGGCUUUGUACUGGAUCAGCAGGCUCGCAAGAUGAGCAAAUCAAUCGGGAACGUUGUAUCACCAAUGCAAAUCAUUGAUGGAUCAUUGCUCCCACCUCUGAGGCGAAAGUUCCACGGAUCAGGCCAGACUCAAGACAUGGGCCCAGACGCUCUCCGCAUAUGGGUUGCCAGCUGCGAUUUCACUAAGGACGCCAUUCUCAGCGUCGAGAAGCUGAAGAUUAACAACAGUACGCUCGUGAAAUUGCGCAUCACAUUCAAGCAGCUUCUUGGCAUUCUCGAUGAUUUUGACCCUUUGGAAAGUAUGCGUCAAGAGCAAUUUUCCAAGAACCACAAGAUGGCUAUUUGGCAUUUGGAGAUGAUGGCCACAGCUGUCAAAGACCAUUAUCGAGCGUACGAGUACCACAAAGCGAUGGACGAGAUCACUAGAUACGUUAAUGUUGACCUGUCGGCAUUCUACAUGGAGACAAUCAAAGACGCAGCGUAUUGUGGGACCGGAGAAGAGCGACAAAUGGUGCAGUAUACUAUUCUCAUCAUAUUGAGAGUCUUACAACAAGUCUUGGCCCCCAUCACGCCCUUGUUAGUUCAAGAAACAUGGGAUCAUUUACAGGCCAGGCUCAAAGCGUUCAUGGGCUUGUCUCCUCUCGAAGACACCUGGAGUUCGAAAAUCACUCAGGUGUCUGGUCUGUUGACAGCUCACGAGAGGCAUUCGAUGGGAAAAGAAACUUCAUGUUUGUCAGAAGUGCUGUCGACUGUCCAGAAAGCCCAAGAAAGGGCCCGUUCUGACAAGAUGAUGGGCUCAUCACUGGAGUCGUACGUCACGCUUGAAGUGCCAGCAACCCAUGCCGACAGUGGAGAUGAAACAACAGCGUCUUUCCUUUUGCGGAACGAACGAGACCUUGCCAAUCUGUUUGUUGUCUCUAAGGUUACCAUUACGCCAGAAGCACCAUCUUUCGUAGAGGGGGAUUGGCAUUAUGUUGAAGAAAUUGAAUUGAUGAACCAGCGUGUGAUUGUGCAUGUGCACGCACCGCAGGAGCAAAAAUGCUGUAGGUGCUGGCGUUAUAUUGCACCUGUCAUGCAAGAGAGUGAAGAGGCUCUUUGCACAAGAUGUGAGGCGUGGAGAGGGUGA